AAUCGGAUGUGCCGGCGGAGCUGCGAGUUGCAAACGGGUCGCAAAAGUUUGUGAAUUUCACUUCGACCAUCCAAAACCAGCUGCUGCUUGUGUCGCUGCUGGAGCAUCUCUGCCACAUGUACACGCACAACCCCGUUCAUUCGAGGUGUUUGUUCCGAAUGCUUCGUCAGGCUUUUACAAGAACAGGGUUGCUCUCUCCUUUUGCCUUCUGUGAUGAAUUUAGUACUGUAAGACUGCAGCAUAAUAGAGCUAUUACUGAACUAAUGAAAGCAGCUAAUCGACAAAUACUUAAUGGGGAACUUGAUAAUGGAGAUUCUCAUGCAAUUGGGGAAAAAGAAAUUCUCUUUGAAGCACAGACUUCACGAUACUUGAAUGAAUUUGAUGAGGUUGCAAGGCUAGGAAAAGGAGGAUAUGGUAAAGUAUACAAGGUCAGAAACAAGUUAGAUGGUCAGUUCUAUGCUAUCAAAAAAAUUAACAUUAAGAAGGCUACAAGAAGAGAUUGCAUGAAGGUACUACGAGAAGUUAAAGUGCUGGCUGGGCUGCAGCAUCCUAAUAUUGUAGGCUAUCACACUGCUUGGAUGGAACAAGUUCAAACAGUACACCCAAAAGGAAAGUAGAGCAUAUUGGGCUUUCAGCCAUUAUCUUUGGAGCAAGAGAGUGGCAACGAUCGCUGUCACAUUCAGAGUGUGGAAAGUGGUAGUUCAAUUAUCUUUGCUGACCUUACUUCACAAGAAAAGAAGUCCUGUGACAGUACCAGUCUUGGAAAUCUGGAUAGUGAAUUAGUGCAGAAUAUGGAUUUAAGGAAUGAUUUUACAAACAGCAAUAGUAAAGAGUGUAUGAAACCAAAUAAAUAUGAAUUAUCCAUAGAAUUACAAGGAGACUCUGUAAGUAGUGUUAGCAGUAGAUCAACUGAUGUGAAAAAUCAUUCAGCAUGGGGACCUCAUUCUAGUCUGGAUCAAGAUGCUAGCACUGGAAGUAAGUGCUGCACUGAAGAAUGCUCCAAGAAUGAUGUAGCUCUCUGCGGAGAGUUUGAGGUGGAGUAUCGUUUGAUGCUUCAUAUACAAAUGCAGUUCUGUGAAAUAUCCUUGUGGGAUUGGAUUGUUGACCGUAACCAAAAAUACAACGAGAGAACAGAGGAAACUUCCGGUCCAUACCAUCUUGUGGAUGUCCGCUGGACAAUGAAAAUUUUUCAAGAGUUAUUAGAAGGAGUAUGCUAUAUCCACAGCGUGGGAGUGAUGCAUCGAGACGUUAAACCCAGAAAUAUCUUUUUACAUGGAUCAGAUCAUCAUGUAAAAAUAGGAGACUUUGGAUUAGCCUGCAAAGACCUUCUUUGGGAUGAUGCAGACCAGCGGUUUAAGACAGAAAGGAUAAAUGGACUGACGCAUACUUCAGGCGUGGGGACUUGCCUCUAUGCCUCACCAGAACAAUUGCAGGGAUCUCACUAUGAUUUCAAGUCAGACAUGUACAGCAUGGGUGUUAUCCUGCUAGAACUCUUCCAACCAUUUGGAACAGAAAUGGAAAGAACAGAAGUUCUUACACAUUUAAGGAAUGGCCAAAUUCCUCAUACUUUCUACAAAAAAUGGCCUGUUCAAGCCAAGUACGUUAAACUCCUCACCAGUCAGAGAGCUACAGAAAGACCAACUGCUGCUCAGCUUCGUGAAAGUGAACUAUUUCAUACCACAGAACAUGUUAUUUCUAACCUACAACAGAAGGUGAGACAGCAAGAGGAAGAAAUAGAGAAACUGAGAGAGAGAAUAAGACUGCUUUCUGAAGAACAAGAUGAAAAUAUGAGACUAGGUUCUCCUGUUUAAGUACAGGAAGAACUAACCUCUGUUGUAUGCUAAGUUAUAGAAAACGUUUCUUGUUUUUACAUAAAAAUAUUUCAAUGCAUUUUGA